GAGGCUCAGAUAGAUUCUUUAUUUUGCCUAAAGUCACACAGCUUGUAAGCAGCGGGGCCAGGACCAGAAUCAGAAUGGGGCUCUCUCUGUACCCUCCACACUGCCCCUGAAUUGAGGUUAGUCUGUCUUCCUUCUUUUCUCAUUACCACGUAGAUUCUGUGAACUCAUCCUGGGGAAGGCCAUGAUUUCUCUUUGUUAUAUGUACUAUGUUUGCCUCCCCUACCUGGCAUCAGUGUCUAGUAAAAUGCUCAGCAAACAUGCCUGCAUGGAGGCAACACCUCCUGCUUGCUGCCACAGGCUGGGGUGAGAGGCGAAGCAGGGCUGGUGAGGUGGAUUGCUUUGCCACUGCUGCUAGGGAUGGGGAGCGACUCUGCAGCCUGUGCCUUGCCUCCAAGGCAUUUUCCAUUUCCUGGCCCCCUCCUCCUCCCCAUCCCUCAGCUUUCGCCCCUCCGCCCCUCCAUUUCAGCUCUGGCCCCUAGGGGAGCGUCCCUUGCCGCGGGGCUGACAGCACUUAGGGGUGCGGGGUCCCUGUUGUCUGUGCGCACAGCUUCGUUCACGGGUGCCUGGUGUCCAGCGGGCAUUGAUGUCAGGCGGUGGCGGAGCGCUGCCUACAGACGGUUGACCUGGACCCUCCUCCACACUCACUUCCUUCGUCGCCCCCUCCCUCUUCCCUGUACUCGGGCUCUGGCUCUCUAUAAAAGGCGGGAGCGUGGGGUGCCACAGCAGCGCCGAGUUUCAGCACCAUGGAGAGCCCCCGUCUCCGGCCGCUGACCGUCUUGGGUGCCGCCCUGCUUUUUCUGCUACCGCUGUUGGGUGCCCGAGCCCAGGAGGAUGCUGAGCUCCAGCCCCGAGCCCUGGACAUCUACUCCGCCGUGGAGGAUACCUCCCAUGAGAAGGAGCUGAUCGAAGCGCUACAGGAAGUCCUGAAGAAGCUCAAGACUAAAAGUAUUCCGAUCUAUGAGAAGAAGUAUGGCCAAGUCCCCAUGUGCCACGCUGGGGAGCGGUGCGCAGUGCGAAAAGGAGCACGGAUUGGGAAGCUUUGCGACUGUCCCCGAGGAACCACCUGCAAUUCCUUCCUCUUGAAGUGCUUAUGAGGCUUCCACCCUCCUCCAUAAAUCCCCACUGCCUCUGCCUCCCUUGAGAGGACCACACUUUCAUCUCUGGAGUUCGGCUUUAGCAACAAAGUUUGUGUUUCCCUCUGAGAGUUAAAGGGGCUCUUGUCCUGCUGUUCCCAAAUAAAAGAAUACAUUAAAUGUUACCGUGUGAAGGAUAACGCCUUGUACGGUGUUGAUACAUGUGCAAAGUAUUCUUAUUCAUCUGACAAACUCUUACCCAUCUUUGUGUAGAGAAGGGCAACUUUGCUUUGAAAACUGUAUUUUUGUAUGUGGUGUGGCAGGAUGAACAUUAGAUUUAGUUAAUCUUGGUAGGCGACAUCACAACCUGGAAAAUAAUCCCAAAUGACACAAAUUGCAGCAUGUACAAUUAUACAUAAUGAAGUGUUUUUAAUAAUUGCUCUUACUGCAUCAUUGUUUCUAUGUUGUAAGUAAUGUAAGUGAGAAUGGUGGAAUUAAUCAU